AUGUUCCAAAUCAGAAAAUCAUUUAAGGUUUCUUCUUAUGUUGAAUUCACUAAUUUAGUAUGUAUAGCCGUUGAUAAAGAUUAUGUCGAAUUUGAUUAUUGUUACUUAAAGUCAGUUAAUCGCACCUACAAAUACGGGUCCAUGAGAGCGAAGUUUCUCAAAUUACCAAUUACACAAAUAGUGUUUAAUUAUGCAUUGUUCAAACGCGAAAAUGGCUAUAAACCUUUUUUGUAUAACAUAUCAGUUGACGUUUGUAGGUUUCUAAAAUCGCCAUACAAUCCAGUAACUAAGUUCUUCUAUAACUCAUUUAAGGAUCAUUCUAAUAUUAAUCAUUCUUGUCCCUUUAAUCACGAUUUUAUUGUGGAGAAACUUGAUACAAAGACUGUAACCGAUAAAUUAUCACGUCUACCAAUACCAGUCGGACAAUAUGCUAUGUCUGCAGCAUGUAACAACCAUUGCUUUAUAAACAACUUACAACUGCUGUUACUUGUGCCAGUAAUAUCAGUAACAAUAUCAGUAGAAAAUGCUUUGCUUUAUGAUGCAACACGGCAUCUAGUAAUACCAAAUGAUCAGCAACAACAAUAUAAACAACAGCUAACUCGACCAACAACAUGA